CGGUGGCGGGCUCACUGCUGCCGCUGAUCAUCAUCAUUAUCGAGAAAACGACGAAGAAGAAGUACUUCCGCUGUUCCUUCCUGUACAGACGAAGCUUUCAGCGAGACAGACAGGAUGGCAGGCCGUCGCGUAGCCCUCAAGGCCAUCGACUGGGUGGCGUUUGCUGAGCGUGUUCCACCCAACCAGAGGGGCAUGUUCAACGCUCUGAAGACCCGCAGUGAUGCCAUCGCUGCCAAACUGGCCUCCCUGCCAGCGACUCCUGUAACCAUUGACUGGAAUGUCUACAGGAGCACAGUGGCCAAAGCCGGGAUGGUUGAUGAGUUUGAGAAGAAGUUCAAAGCCCUGCAGAUCCCUGAGCCUGUUGACACACAGACCAGCGCCAUCAACUCACAGGAGGCUGAGGCUAACAAAAGUGCAUCAGCCUACAUCGAGGCUUCAAAGGCCCGCAUCACUCAGUAUGAGCAAGAGUUGGAAAAGUUUAAGACCAUGAUCCCCUUCGACCAGAUGACCAUCGAGGAUCUCAACGACACCUUCCCCGAGACCAAGUUGGACAAGGUCAAACAUCCCUACUGGCCCCACAAGCCCAUUGCCGAACUGUAAUCCUAUUAACAGACACUCAGCUCACAAUAAAGACUAUGUAUUUUAAACUGAA